AUGUCCACUCAGCUGGACACCAUUAAAUGCAACGACAUUUUGAAGAGUGACUCGUCGGAGCUGCUCAGACUCUCAGCUGCAGACCAAAAGGCUCCUGAGGGUUUGCGUCGCAGGGUGUUUGAAGAAGCUCUGCAGGUUCAGACUUCAGCCUUAGAAAACAUCCCCGACCAGCUGAAGCUGCCAGUCUGUGUGACUGUUUUCUGGUUCAAGAGGCUACAACACCACCCAAAACCUGAAACUGUCCACUGCCUCCACGCCCUCCUGCUGGGGUUCAUGUUUAACCCCAAUAGUCCAGAGGACGAGUUUGAGAAGAAGAUGAAAGCUUUAAAGGAUGAAGGUGUGAAUAACUGGCAGCCCCGUGUGGCUCAUGCUUUUAGCCAAUGGCUGUGCUGCAUGAGGCAGAGCCUCCACCUGAACCAGCUGCUGUGUUCCCCUCUACCAAAACCUCAGUGUGCUCGGCUUUACUGUGGACCUCUCCUUCAUCGGCUGGCAGAUGAAGACACGAUUGAAGAAGUACAGAAAACACUCAGAGGAGAAAAGAAGGAAUUGUAUGAGAACCUAAAGACUGCCUGUAAUCCAUCUUCUGGAGAGGGAUCCUCUCAGUCCUUGAUGAGUGCAGCUCCCUCUAAUGAGAAGGGAUCGCAGCAAGUCCAGAAACGCAAGAGGGAAGAAGAGCAGAGAGACUCAAAGCAGAAGAAAACAGAUUAUUGAGACUAAGUGAUGCUGCUGCUCCUCAAAGGAGAUCAGGGAAGGACUGAAGCUCUGUUCUGUUACACUCCUUUGUUAUUCUCAGAAACUUUGUACCUUUUCUGCUCUCACUUUAGCUGUACUCUGUCUUCUGUAUGCUCUGCAUUGUCUAUACUGAAUGUAAAUUGUAGAAGCAUGGAAAGGAGUGUGAAGGGAAUUGAAAUUUGGGACAACAAAGCUGCCGAUUUAAAGUAAAAGAGAAGUUUUUAUUUGGCCAAAGAAAAACAAAAUACAAAAGGAAACAAAAGCUAGAGUCCAGAAAUACACAGAAAUAAUCUGAUUAAUGUGCCACAUGUUGUACAAAGCACUUUGAGUGCUCUGGGAGAGUAGAAAUAAAACAAUCAGUCCAUUUACCUUUUACACAACGAAUGACAGUUCAUGGCGGUUUUAUGUCACAAGUAUCCACAGGAAGUAACAUGUUGUGCAACAGCAGGUUAGACUCCAGUGAGAUUUAUACUGAACAUUGAUCAUCAUUUUACUUAUUCUGUUUUAACAGCGUUAUGUUGUUAAAACAAGUUAUGGUGACAAUUUGUGUUACUGUGAGAUGUUUUCUUCUGUCUUAACUUUCUUUUAUCCUGUUUGGUUUUGAAUUGUCUCUUGGGUAUAAAGCUGUUUCUCCCCUUCACCCCCCUUUCUGCAUCCUCAGCAUCACCGACCAUCCUGAAACAACACAGGUAAGAUCACUGCAAAUGUUGGGAUCAGGAAAUCAAGAUUAAUUUAAUGUAGAAGUUGAUUUUUUUUUUUAUCAUUCUCAUUUUUUACUUAAUCAUUGAGAAAAGGAAGAAUUACCAAGGGGAAGCAGCUUUUUGUGAUGUAUAGACGCAGAUGUGUUUUUCCCAUAUUGUCUAUCAUUAUUUUAGAUAUUAGCAUCCAGUGUUUGCAAUUUUCUUGAACAUGGGAUUAUGUACCCUAACAUAUCAAGUGUGCUUAAAUGAAUUGGUCCUGAUGGAAUUAAUCUAUUUGUAUUACAACUACAUAUAAGACUUGUUUGCAUAAAGAAAUCAAUAUUAAAAAUA